AUGUCUGACACCGCUUCUUCAGCACCGACCAACCAACCCCGCGUCGCACUUGUCACCGGCGCAGCCCAAGGCAUCGGACGCGCCAUUGCUCUGCGGCUCGCAGAGGAUGGGCUCGACAUUGCCAUCGCAGACUUAGGACCACAGCGCACGAAUCUCGACGGCGUCGCAGAGGAGGUGAGGGCGAAAGGGAGGCGGUGCCUUGUUUUGGAAUGCGAUGUGACGCAAGAGGAGGAGGUCCAGCGCAUGGUGCAGGCUACGGAGAAGGAAUUUGAUGGUUUGGACGUCAUGGUAGCGAACGCUGGACGACUCCUCGUAAAGACUAUUGUUGACUCUACCCUCACCGAUUUCGACAAGGUCUUCGACCUCAAUGUGCGUGGGGUGUUCCUUUGCUUGCGUGCCGCAGCGCAGGUCAUGAUCAAGCAAGGGCGUGGAGGGAGGAUCAUCAGCGCGUCGUCCGUAUCAGGGAAAAAAGGGUCGGCAUUGAACGGCAUUUACUGUGCAUCGAAAGCUGCGGUUCGAUCGUUCACACAGGCGCUCGCGGGUGAAGUGGGGUCAUACGGAAUUACUGUGAAUGCCUACGCGCCUGGGCCAAUUGAUACGCCUCUCCGUAUGUUCAUGUUAUCGUUAUCUCCUCUGCUACCUUACUCUUAUCCGCCACGCAUUUUCUCUUUCUUUUAUGCAUUGGAGAACCUGCUAGGGCGGAUUGGAACGCCGGAAGACGUUGCGAACAUGGUAUCUUUCCUCGCGAGUAAAGACUCCGCCUUCAUCACUGGCCAGACAAUCACAGUUGAUGGGGGAGGCUGGAUGGACUGA